UCGAUACAGAACGUCCCAUCACUAGUAUGUAGUUGGUAUCAGGACUUUAACUGGAGAUGAAGAUGUUGCUGCCACUCCUGCUCCUCGUCCUCGGAUCAACAGGAAAUGAUCAGGGUUCCUCUGUCUAAUGUAAGAACACCAAACCUUUAGUGCAUCAGCAGCUGCGUGUAGUUGUUAUCAGGACUUUAACUGGAGAUGAAGAUGUUGCUGCCACUCCUGCUCCUCGUACUCGUUUCCCAGCAUGCCCUGGCUCCAUUGGUGGAGGUGUAUGAGGGGCAAACAUCUGUCCUGUUGCCUUGCAAGUACUCAGGUUUUAUACCUGAGGACAAUCCCACAGUGCUGUGGACUCGCAAUGAUCUCAACCCCAAAUCUGUCCACCUACACCCAGAGAAAACAGUUUAUCUUAAAGAGCAAAACCAGCGUUACAGAGAGCGCACAUCAAUGACGUCUGAUCCUCUGGACACUUUAGACUUCAGCCUCACUCUGAGAAAACCCCAAAUGAAUGAUAGCGGCAACUACACCUGCUCCAUCGGAAAUGAAAGGGAGGAACUGAAACUGACAGAUAUACUGCUGCAUGUCAAAGACCAAGAAGAGAAGGUGAAUGUCACUAAAGGGUCAGAGUCUGUCAUCCUGCCCUGCAAAACAACAGAUGACCUGCCUGAGGAGACCAGAGUGGAGUGGAUGAGAUUUGACAGAGAAACCAUGAUGGUCCAUGGAUAUUCAAAUGGAAGUGACCAACUUCAGAAACAGGACGGCCUUUACAGAGACCGAACGAAGAUGAACAAAGACCUGCUGAGAACUAGAGACCUCAGUCUGACCCUGAAACAGCCCACAGAGAGAGACAUUGGAGGAUACAUCUGCACCAUCUACAGGGACAAAGACAUCCUGAGACAGAAAGUAGUGCUGCACCAUGUCAAAGUUUCCAUCCUGGGCCAAAGCUCUCCUGGUUCUUCUUGUGGUUUCUGGAGGUCUUUUAUUUUAUUUCCGGCACUAUUUCAUAUCACGUUACAAGGUGGAGGUGGAUUCAGGGGUGGAGUCUGUCCAACUGCCCUGCAAAACCAUAGUUUGUCUGCCUAAAGAUGCUAAAGUGGAGUGGAAGGACAAAGACGACAGGAAAGUCCACGUGUAUGAGAACGGCUCUGACCAGAAUGAAGAACAGGACCAGGUUUACAGAGACCGAACGAAGAUGAAGAGAAACUUACUGAAACCUGGAGACAUCAGUCUGAC